GUCGCCUGCGUGUGACGUCACCGGUCUUCACGUGUGGCCCGUCUGCCAAAACAACAUUUAGCUUUAGUUUGUGACCUGAUAUCACAAGUUAACUCUUGAUCUUCACACACACACACACACACACACUGAGGGACAACCAUGGCCUCCAGCUGCCGGCGGCCUGAGCACACAGCUCCUCCAGAUGUGUUCUACAACGAAGAGGAGGCCAAGAAAUACUCUCAGAACUCUCGAAUGAUUGAGAUCCAGACUCAGAUGUCAGAGAGAGCCGUAGAGCUUUUAAACCUGCCAGAGGGACAGCCGUGCUUCCUGUUAGACGUGGGGUGCGGCUCUGGUCUCAGUGGGGACUACCUGUCAGAGGAGGGACACUACUGGGUUGGAGUCGACAUCAGCACCGCAAUGCUGGAUGUUGCACUGGACAGAGAGGUGGAGGGAGACCUGUUAGUGGGGGACAUGGGCCAGGGGAUGCCUUUCCGACCUGGGACCUUUGACGGUUGCAUCAGUAUCUCUGCUCUGCAGUGGCUCUGUAAUGCCGACAAAAGGUCACACAGUCCUCCAAAGAGACUCUACACCUUCUUUAGUACUCUUUACUCCUCUCUGUCCAGAGGCUCACGUGCAGUGUUUCAGCUUUAUCCAGAGAACUCAGAACAGCUUGAGCUGAUCACGACGCAGGCCAUGAGGGCAGGGUUCGGUGGAGGCAUGGUGGUGGAUUACCCCAACAGCACCAAGGCUAAAAAGUUCUUCCUGUGUCUGUUUGCUGGAGCAACAGGAGCCCUUCCCAAAGGGCUGGGAUCAGAAACGUCAGACAGAGCUGUUUCAAACCAGGUCCAGUUUUCAGGACAAAGAUGCCGAUUCAAGAACAUGAAGGGGAAAUCAGUGAAGAAAGGACGCGAUUGGAUCUUUGAGAAGAAGGAGAGGAGGAGAAGACAAGGACGGGAGGUUCGAGCCGACACAAAAUACACCGGACGUCAGAGAAGACCUCAUUUUUAGAUCUGACUCAUGCAGCUGUGCCUUCAUUAGCUCUCGUCUGUACCACCCAUAACCCUACACCCACAAUCACCUCUGGAGCUGCUGCUGAGUGUUUGGACUCGGUUCAUUUCAACUCUUUAAUUCAAGUGGAUGAGAUGCAAAAGUAAAAUGCUAUGACGGCCAAUAGUUUUUAUAUUUGGUUGUGUUUCUGGUAAAUUGUUUCUCCCAAAUUGUGGUAAGACUGUGCUCUCCAUGUUGACGUUGGCUGGAAGACGGACAUCUACACUGCUUACGGGUGACACAGAACACAGUGGAGACCAACAAUGCCUUAGAAUUAAAGCAUUUUUUCUGAAUGAA